AUGACUUCAGUAUACUACGAAUCCUAUUCAGAGAUAUCAACCCCAGCUAAUUCAGAUUACUUGACAGAGGAAGAGUCAGAUGAAGUUGAGACAGAAUCAGAGAAUGAACAUACCUCAAGUUCAAGAAGCUCAAGCUCUUCAGGAUUAUUGACUAGAUCAGAGACCAAUGAAUCAAUUGAAGUGAUCAAUACUAGUAGAUUAUUGGAUUCCAGCGUUGAUACUUUAGCAGGAUUGCUUCAAAGAAGUUCAUUAGGUCCUAAGGUUUUAAACUCUAUUCAAAGUGGUGAACAAACUGAAAACAAUAGUGGUAUUGCAACUCCUCAAUUGUUUACUUUAGAAGAGGCUAAGAAAAUAUUAGCUGCUGAAAAGAAGAAUGCUGAACAUGCUUCAAUCAUUGGGAGGGUUAAUAAAGUUUUAAGAUCAAAUGAAGGUAAAAUUAGUGAUGAUCCAAGAGGGUUUGGGUUCAAGUUUCUUUGUUUGUGUAUUACUGCUGCUUUUGGUGGUAGAAGAGGUAUUGCAAGAUAUGAUAGAUGGGAAUCAAAGUAUGACUUUACUUCAAUCAUUCCAAGUAUUACAGAUUGUUCGAAUCAUUUGAGACAAUUGAAUUCCACCAUGAUGUGUUAUAUCGGUCAUGUUAUCUUGUAUUAUUGGGAUGAAGAACCUUUCAGAAGAGCUAUGAUUAGUAAAUUUGGUCCUUUGGACAAAAUCAUUAAAGGUAAAGAUAACAUUCGUUCUGAAAUUGGGGCCAAAAAUUUAUGGUUACCAAAAGUUCGUGAAGUUCAUUCAUUAACCAAGAAGAAGAUUAUUGAAGAGUUUGAAGGACGUUUUGAAAAAGAUACUGAAAACUUUGAAAAGAUCUUAUUAUUUUUUGGUAUUGAGAUGUGA